UGAUGUGAACGUAAAUCUGCGCGUUUGUUUCCGUUCACACAGAGAAACACGGAAACGUUCGUCGCGCGCUGAACCGUCACAAAAGCCGCGUUUAAUAAGGUCAGAAACAGCAGCGGAGCGACGCGACGCGACGCGAGCCGAAGGAACCGGACUGACGAGAAGAACCAGACCUGCAGCGGGAGCAUGAUGCCGUUGGUCUUCACACUUCUCUGCCUCUGCGUUUUAAAGAUGGGCAGAUUCUCCGCAUCUGUCACUCAAGCCACCGUCCAAUCAGACAUUCAGUGUCAUGACUGGGGCGUGUGGAGCGAGGGUUCGGUGCGGGUGUAUGACGGGGAGGUGGCGUAUCUCUACUGUCCGCUCUUCUCUUAUCCCACGCUCUACAGCUACAGUCAGACUCAGAACAGCAGUCUGUCUCUGCUGUGGUACCGACACACACACACACACGAGCUGGAGCAGCCCAUCAACCUCAAACUACACACACUGCACAAAGACCGCGAGUACCUGUGGAUACAACCGGCCUCGGCGCAGGACGCCGGACUCUACAUCUGCAUGCUCCGGUAA